AUGCACGCAUGCACACACACACACACACACACAUACAUAACAUGCAUACAGAGGCUCACACUCUUCUACAAGCAUGGAAGUAGUAGAAGUCUUUUAAUCUAGGAAGGGAAAAUGUUAGCAAUUGGCGAAGACAAGGAAGAAGAAGAAGAAGAAGAAGAAGCGAAGAAGGUGGAUAAGAAGGAGGAGGGAAGGGAAAAAAAGAAAAGAAAAGACGAAAGCAAUGUGUGUAGCCACAUCGGUUUAAUACCGUCAGGACUGGUUUGUAAAAGAACUAAACUUUAAUUGGUGUGCUGUUCGAAUUUGUCUUAGUAGUAGUACUACUAGUAAACCAGAUGUAGGCGAAGGAGCAGUAUUAGUUGUAGACCGAGGUCGUUCUUUUUCUUUUUUUUUCUUCCUGUUUUACUUCUGCAUACGCGAAUGAGUAAGAGCGAGUAUGUGCGAAUGCGUGUGCGCGUGCCUGCUUGCAGAGGUAUAUAUGUGUGUGUCUUGGAGCUUGUGCUUGUUGGUGUGAAUGUGGCGCUGUUUAGAACAAACAGACAAAACACCUCUCACUCUCUCCUUAUGUACAUAUACACUCGAUAUCUUCAUUCAUUGAGACAAACAUACAGACACAACUAUUGAGACUUAUAUUUAUUCCACGUGUGUAUAUAUAUAUAUAUAUAUAAAUGAUGGCAACGUUAUUAAAGUAGAACGAAUAAGUGGGGAAAAAAUGCAGUCAAGGAGAAGCCCUCUCAGAAAAGCCAUCUAAAAGUCCUGAAAUAUAAACUUGAAAAAAAAAAAAAAUUCAAGGAACGAACUAAAAAAAAAGAACAAAACAAAAACAAAGUGAAAUAGUUUUUGGGGAUGAAUAUUUUUUUUAAUGGAGUUAUACUGGUGUAAAAUUUAUUUGUCAAAUAUUUCACGCAAUAUUUGAUUUAAGUUUGUUUCGUUUGAAAAAUCUUCUCUGUGUCUAUUAAAAAAAUUUCUUAUAACAACAACAAUAAUAAUAAUAAUGAAUUUUAUCCAAGAUAUGUUUAUCAAAUCUUAAAAUGUGACGAAAAAAAAAUUAGCGAAACAAGGUAUGGAAUUAUGAAUAAAAAUAUUGUUAAAAUUCACUAAUACACACACACACUCACACACAAACACUUGUAAACACACACAAACACACUCACACUUUCGUAAAAUUAUGAAAUGAGGAAUAUUCGCUAACUGGAGAUGACAGUACGGAUUGCGUGACAGGGUCUUCGAAGACCGUUUAAUCAAAUUCUUAUUUUUCAUUUUCUUUUUUUUUUUCUUUCUCCCGCUUUCUUAUAUAUAUAUAUAUAUAUAUAUAUAUAUAUAUAUAUAUCAAGACGCGGGGGAAAUGACUACGGAAACAGCUCUCAAGAGAGACGAAUCGAUAUUGCUCUCAUUGACUCACGAGAACUAUUCUGAACUGCGGUCAAUACAGCAUCCAUUCUGGGACCUUAAGGAACAAAUUCCGCGGGAGUAUCAUACGAUUAUUGGAGUAAUAACAUCUUUUUCACUUAUUUUGUCUAUCGGUGCCAAUUGCCUGGUCUUCCUAGUAAUCUGCAAGUACAAGAGACUCCAUACGUCGCCGAAUAUCAUACUCGCGAGUCUUGCUUUCUCAGACACUAUUAUGUCUUCUAUCGAUAUGUGUUUUGUGUCAGUUUCCAGUUUCUCUGGCCGCUGGGUGUUUGGUGUUGUUGGUUGCAAAGCUUACGGCUUUAUAGUAUCGGUAGUGAGUAUAUUAUCCAUAUGCUGUUUAACACUCAUCGCUAUCGACAGGUAUGUUGUAAUUGUGAAAGGCUGGGUGAAUUAUCGAAGUUCGAGAAAAAAAUCAGCUUUUGUGUCUAUUCUUAUUGCUUGGAUAUACACACUAGCAUGGUGCAUAUGUCCUUUAUUCGGAUGGGGCGACUACAUCCUUGAAGGCAUAGGAUCAUCUUGCACCUUCGACUACAUCACGCGGACACCACAAAACAGAUCAUAUAUGUUAUGCUUGAAUAUUUUUGUCUUCUUUCUCCCUAUUGUUAUUAUCCUCAUUUGUUACAUUAACAUUAUUAUAGCAAUGUACAAACACAAAAAAGACAUGCAAAACAUUGCGGCUGGUUCACGCAAGCGACAGGGAAACAAAAUGAGCGUUGAACUCAAAACUGUGCGGUCAUUGGCUGCAGCCAUUAUUCUCUUCUGCGCUGGUUGGAUGCCUUAUUCAGUAUUAUCUUUAAUAGCUCAGUUUGGAAACACAGAUAUCAUUACAAGAGCAUCGACCGGUUAUCCAGGAAUUGCAGCAAAAUGCAUAACGUGUGCAAAUCCCUUCUUCUACGCAUUAAGUAAUCCAAUAUUUCUUAAAAGACUUAAAAUUUUUAUAUUCUGUGGAGACGAGAAAGCUAGCAGAAGAGUGAGUUCAUUCCAGACAAGCAAAUCGUGGAUAGAUAAAGAUACUCAAAUGAAAAAUUGUCAGGCAUUUAGCAGCGUCAGUGGAGAUGCCAGCGGCGAAGUUGAAACUCCACAAACAGAAGAAGAGGCCAAAAAACAACUGCAGCAAAACACUGAUUCCUUAAACAAUACGAAGCAAGAAACGAUAGAAUUUACUGCAAUGGGAGAAGCAAAAGACGAAAAUCCCGAUAAGGAAUCGGAGACAGUCUAAAGUGUAUAGAAAUGUUUUGAAGUUUUCAGUUAUGUUCAGAAAUGGAAGGAAAAUGGUUUCUUGCAGGAAUAGGUUUCUGCAGAGCAGAUAUGAAGCAAUGAAUUAAAGAAAGAAAAAAAUGCUUAAACGUAUAUACAUGGAUAUGUAUGAAUAGACACACAGAUACAUGCAUUGACUAUAUGAAUGCAUACUACAACACACAAGCAUACGAAAGAUACAAACCGUACAAACAUGCAUGCAGGCAUACAUGUGUACGUACGUAUCUACAUUCACACACACACACACACACACACACAAACACACACAUGUAUACAUACAGAUACAUACAAGCAGACAGACAUGGACACACAUGCACACACACACACACAUACCCACACGCACAUAUAUGUCUGUGUGAAUAAAUGUAUGUAUG